AUGAAUAAUAUUAACCGUGAGCAGUGCGUAUCCAAACUUUAAGGACAUUUGAAAGGGGCCACAGCUACUAUUCAAGGUAAUAAAGGUUAAGAAAUAAAUUAGAGAUUGAAGAACUUUUGAUGAAUUAAGAACAUAUUAUAUGGUAAUAAGCUAGGGAAAUAGAAGAACUUCGUAAAAGAUUAAAGUAAUUGGAAAGUUUAGACUUCCAAAAUGAAUAAGUACUUCACCUAUAGAACAUAAAUGUUUAACUAAAAACAUAAAUUGAAUUUUUAAGGAGUUAAAUUCAAGAGAAAGAUGCAAUGAUUGCUCAAUUUUCAUCGAAACCAAUAUAGACAGCAUCACCAGAAAUACUAGCUGCAUAACAACAAUUAAUUCAAUAAAACUUAUAACUAUAAAAUAUUAUAGGAGAUCUUCAAAAUUAAAUUUUGAAUAAGGAUGCUGUAAUCGGUUAAUUAAAAACUUAAGAAAGCACUUUAGAUUAAUUAAUAGGAUAGCUUUAAUCAAAUAUAUAAUCAAAACGAAAUAAAGUAGGAGUAACUCAAUAAGGAAAUGAAACAUUGAGUGUACUGAAUGAAUUAUAAUAAUAUCCAGAUGCCUUACAAGAUAUUAUCGAAAGAAUCAUAUAAGAAUAUAGAAGAAUGCAAUAUUUAAUUGAAGAGAAAGAUAUAGAAAUUUAGAAUUUAAAAUUUCGACUUUAGCUCUAACAGCAAAAGGCAAAUGACUCAAUUUCAGAAAUUAAAAAAAGAGAUAUAUCUCCUCUACGUUCAGAUCAAGCAUUAGAUUUGGCAAAAUAAACAGCAACUAUGGAUGAUAUGAUAAGUGAUUUGGAAAGAAAGCUAGUGUCAUAAGAUAAUAGAAAAAAAGAACUAUAAGCUAGAUUAUUAAAUGUGGGAACAGAAAAUGUGGAAUUGGAGAAAUAAUUAUUGUAAUGCAAAGAUUAACUUCCUAAAAAUAUAGAUGAACUAAUUAAUGCUAAUUUAGAUAUAAAUGCUAAAAUCGAUGAACUUUAAAAAACAUUGCUAAAAAAACAAAAUGAGUAAAUUUAACUUCAAGAAUAAAUUGAUACAAUCAAUAAUAAUUAAUAAUAAUAGUAAUAAUAAUAGUAAUAAUAAUAAUAGUAAUAAUAAUAGUAAUAAUAAUAGUAAUAAUCAUAGUAAUAAUAAUAGUAAUAGUAAUAAUAAUAGUAAUAAUAAUAAUAAUAAUAAUAAUAAUAAUAAUAAUAAUAAUAAUAAUAAUAAUAAUAAUAAUAAUAAUAAUAAUAAUAAUAAUAAUAAUAAUAAUAAUACCAAUAAUAAUAACAAUAAUAAUACCAAUAAUAAUAACAAUAAUAAUAACAAUAAAUUACAUCAGGCAAAUAAGAUGAUUUAGUUGAAAAAGCUGUUUAAAAUGAAAAUUAGGUUAAAAUCGUGGAUGAUCUAGUCAUAGAAAAUUAAUAAUUAGAUGAUCUUAUUACUGAAUUAUAAUAGAAAUUAGAAUCUAAACAAGCAUAAAAAGAUGAAAUCUAGAAUGAAAUUAAGAAGUUGAAUAUUCCUGCAUUAUCUUAAGAGUUAAAGGAUCUUUAAAAAUAACAUGGCUAACUAAAAACAGACAAUCAAAAUUAAAUAAAUGAAAUUUAAUAACUUUAAGAAGAAAUUGGUUAAAAUAAAAACAUAUAAUAAACACUUUUCUAGGAGAAUAAGGAUUUAUAAGAUUAAAAUAAUCAAACUUAAUAAUAAAUUAAAUAGUAAUAGGAGAAAUUAGCACAGUUACAAGAACAAAAAAACAAAAAUGCUUCGAAAUUAGUUAAUGAAGAUUUCUAAAAGCUCUAAGAUAAAUUUAAUUAAACAGAAGAGAAUAAUAAAAUAUUAGAACAAUUGGUUCAGUAGCUUAAUGAGGAACUUAGAUAAUAACAAUAAGGUAAUCAACCUUUAUAGGAAGAACUUUUGAAUUUAAAAAAUAAAUUAUAAGAAACUUCAUCAACAAAUUCAGAAUUGGAGAAAUAAGUUUAAUAACUUGAAGAAUAGUUAAACAAUAUAAAAAAAGAUUAAUAAUUAAACAAGGAAUCAGCUAAACCAAGUUAUAUAAAAUCAGUAGAAUAAUAGAGAACAAAUCCUAUUGAAAAAUUUAGAGAACCUUUCUAAAGUAUGGUUGAUAAGGAGGAAUUUNUAAAUUGAUACAAUCAAUAAUAAUUAAUAAUAAUAGUAAUAAUAAUAGUAAUAAUAAUAAUAGUAAUAAUAAUAGUAAUAAUAAUAGUAAUAAUCAUAGUAAUAAUAAUAGUAAUAGUAAUAAUAAUAGUAAUAAUAAUAAUAAUAAUAAUAAUAAUAAUAAUAAUAAUAAUAAUAAUAAUAAUAAUAAUAAUAAUAAUAAUAAUAAUAAUAAUAAUAAUAAUAAUACCAAUAAUAAUAACAAUAAUAAUACCAAUAAUAAUAACAAUAAUAAUAACAAUAAAUUACAUCAGGCAAAUAAGAUGAUUUAGUUGAAAAAGCUGUUUAAAAUGAAAAUUAGGUUAAAAUCGUGGAUGAUCUAGUCAUAGAAAAUUAAUAAUUAGAUGAUCUUAUUACUGAAUUAUAAUAGAAAUUAGAAUCUAAACAAGCAUAAAAAGAUGAAAUCUAGAAUGAAAUUAAGAAGUUGAAUAUUCCUGCAUUAUCUUAAGAGUUAAAGGAUCUUUAAAAAUAACAUGGCUAACUAAAAACAGACAAUCAAAAUUAAAUAAAUGAAAUUUAAUAACUUUAAGAAGAAAUUGGUUAAAAUAAAAACAUAUAAUAAACACUUUUCUAGGAGAAUAAGGAUUUAUAAGAUUAAAAUAAUCAAACUUAAUAAUAAAUUAAAUAGUAAUAGGAGAAAUUAGCACAGUUACAAGAACAAAAAAACAAAAAUGCUUCGAAAUUAGUUAAUGAAGAUUUCUAAAAGCUCUAAGAUAAAUUUAAUUAAACAGAAGAGAAUAAUAAAAUAUUAGAACAAUUGGUUCAGUAGCUUAAUGAGGAACUUAGAUAAUAACAAUAAGGUAAUCAACCUUUAUAGGAAGAACUUUUGAAUUUAAAAAAUAAAUUAUAAGAAACUUCAUCAACAAAUUCAGAAUUGGAGAAAUAAGUUUAAUAACUUGAAGAAUAGUUAAACAAUAUAAAAAAAGAUUAAUAAUUAAACAAGGAAUCAGCUAAACCAAGUUAUAUAAAAUCAGUAGAAUAAUAGAGAACAAAUCCUAUUGAAAAAUUUAGAGAACCUUUCUAAAGUAUGGUUGAUAAGGAGGAAUUUUCAUUUGAUUUGGGUAGUUUAAAUCAGUAAGAAUUUUCUUCUUAAGAAGUGACAAGUUCACCUGAAAAUCCUAAAUAAUUAUAGUUUAAUAAAAAUAAAACUCAAGAGGGUAAGUUUAUUACUAUUCCUUUGGAUAUAAUUAAAAAUUAUGAAUAUUUAAUUCGAGAAAAAGAAAAUGAAAUAGAUGAGCUUAGAAAUGAACUUGUUAAUUAAGGAAUGCAAAGUAUACCUCUGAAUUUCUAAACAGGAAAUAUUGGAUCUGAUUAAUAAGAUUAAUUAAACUUUUAAUUACAAGCAUAAGUUCCAAAUUAAAAUAAUGAAUAGAAUCUAGAAAGUUAAGGAAUCACAAUAGAAUAGUUAUAAAAGACCAUAAAGUCUAAAGAUGACUAUAUUGAAAUGCUUCUUUAGUAGAUUGAAGAAUUAAAAUAGUUUGAUACAAUGCCUGAAGAUAAAUAAAAAGAAAAAUUAGAAUAAAAUUAAAGAAAAUCUGAUGAUCUUGUAAGAUAAUAUAAUGAAAUUGCGAAUGUAAUAAUUGAAUUAGAAAGUAAAUUAGAAAAUUAAAAAAAUGAGAAUGAAAAAUUAGAGAAAUAAUUGUAAGAAGCAAACAAAGAAUAUAAUGAUUUAUAAAAAAGAGCUAAAAUGUAUGAAUUGUAUAAGUUGAAUAAAGAAUUAGAUGAAGAGUCUUCAUUAUCUCCUAAAUUCUCUAAAGAGGAGGAAUCUUUGUAGUUUAAUUAAUAAACUCCAGAAAAAGAAUAGCCAAAAAAUAAAUAACAAUAGAAAUUAACAAUUAAAGAUAAAUAUGAAAAAAAAAUAAAGGAGCUUUAAUAGGAAAAUGAAAAAUUGAAGAAUAAAAUAACAUAAUAAAAUGAUGAAGUACCAAAAUAACAAUAGAAUAUUAUAACAUAAUAAGAUGAUGAAUUUAAAUUAAAAUAAAUACAUCCAGGAGAAAUUUUGGUUUAAAAUAAAAAUUCAUAAUUAAAGUAACAAUAAUAAAAUUAAUCUAUUGAUUAAAAUAAUAGUCCAUAAGAUCUUCAGUCAUAGUAUGACAAAAAUUUAGAAAAAUAGGCAAACUUGAUAUAAGAAGUUUAAGCACUUUAGGAUAUAAUAGAGAAUCUUGAACAAAAAGUUUAAGUGAAAAAAGAUGAAAAGGAUAAAUUGGAAAGUUAAUUGUAUGCAGCAGAUAAAAAAACAGAAUCUACAUAAAAAGAUGCUUAAUUAUAGGAAUCAGCAACAAUGGCAAGUACAACAAAAUUAGAUUAAGAAGCUUUGUAAAGAUAAUAUGAUUAAGAAGUAUAAAUUUCUAGAUUGAAAGAUUAAUUAGCAGAAAAAGAUAACUAAAUUGCAUAAAUGGUAAGGUUAAAGGAAGAAUUAUCAGAAAAAGAAAAUGAACUUAGAGCUUAUAAAGAAUAAAUACCAUCAAUAGAAGAAUAUUAAAAUCAAAAGUUCUUGCAUUAAUAAGAAGAAAUAGUAAAUACAGAAUUACGUAAGGAUGUAUAGAAAUUAGAGGAUCAAUUAGAAAUUUAAAUAAAACUAAAUAGAGAGUUAUAGGAAAGAAAGAAUAAUUAAAAUGAUCAACCUUCAUUAUCUUAAAAAAUAAGAGAAUCAUUUAAUGAUUCUAAUUCUUCGAAUUCAUAAAUUAGGGAUAAUAAAUAAAGAAUAUUAGAAAAAUAAUAAAAAGUAGAGGAAUUGGUUAAAGAAUAUUAAAGUUUAGAUGAUUUAAUAGAAGAUAUAUAGAAGAAACUCUUAGAGAAAAAUGAUUAAAAGAAUUAAUUAUUAAGUUAAUUACAAGAAGGAAUGAAAACGGAUGAAAAAAAUAAAGAAUAAUAAGUUUAAUAAAAUUAACAAUUUUAAAAAUAAUAGAAUUAAGAAUUAAUAAUAGAGCAAAUUUAAGAUUUAAAUAAUAUUUAAUAAGUAGUCAAUAAUAGUGAAGAUUAAAUUACUAUACCAUUAUAAACAGGAAAUAUUUUAUAAGAUGUUGAUGGAUAAAAUGAUAAUUAAGGAUUAUAAGAAUAAUAGCCUUCCUAAUUUUAAUCUAAUAUAAAUUAACCAACAAAAUCAUAAUUACAGUUUGUUAGAUAAGCUGUAAUUUAACCAACACUUUAAUAAGUAGAAUCUUCUCAAGGAUUAGUUACAUAAUAGGUAUUAGUAAAAGAAGGAAUUGAUGAAUAAAAAUUAUAAGAGGUUUUGGAUUUGUUGAAGAGUAAUAAUGAUGUAGAUAAAAGAAUUUAAGAAUUGAAAGAUGCAUUAGCAAGAAAAAAUAAGAGAAAAGAAUAAUUGGAGGGAAUUUAUAAUAAAGAUUUAGAAUUAUAGAAUAAAAGAGUACCAGGAAAUGUAAAUGAGAAAAAGGAAUUACAAGAUUAAUUACAUUAAAAAAAUUUAUAAAUUGCUUAUUUGAAUGAAGAAUUAUCUAAAUUGUAGUAAAAAGUAUUUGAGAAAGAAAAAACAAUUGAUGAAAAAGAUAAAGAAUUUAGAAAUAGUUAAUUAAUAAAAUCAUAUUAAGAUAAAUGUGAAAAAGCAGAUGAAUUAAUUAUGUAGAUUAAUUAAAUAGAUGAAACAUUGAAUAAUUUAGAUGUUUAAUUGUGUGAAAAAUAAUAAAGACUCAAAGAACUUGGAUUAUAAUUGGGAGGAGACUCUAAUAUUUAAAAUAUUUAAGAACCUAGAGAAAGUGGGAUGAUUAUUAAAUCAUAUGAUUAAGAACAAGAUAUUGAAUUGUAAUAAUAAGAGUAGGUACUCUAAGGUUAUAGUAUGAAUAUUGAUUAAUUGAAAAAUAAGAUUGAAUAAUUGAAUAGUGAAUUAUCUGAUAGGGAUUAAACUAAUUUUGAACUUCGUAAUUAAGUAGCGGAUUUAAAAAAAUAAAUUCAUGGUUAUUAAUUAGCUUAAUAAGAUGUUAAAGUAAUAAAAAAAUAGAAUAAAUAAUUAUAGGAUGAGGUUGAAGCUUUGAUUUAAGAAAAUCUAAAUUAUGAAGAUUUGAUUCGUGAUUAGGAAUUUAAAUUACAGGAUAAAAAAUCAAAAGUUAAAGAAUUAAAUAUGGAAAUUAAGAAUGCAGAGAUUCAAAUAUAAGAAGAAAAAUAAAUUAAAGAAAAUUAAAUACUCUAACAAAAGAUAUAAUAGACUGAUGAAUUAAUUAAGAAGAAUUUGGAAUUAGAUGAAGCUAUAACAAAUUUGGAACUCAGACUAGCAGAUAAAUAAUAAUUAUUAUCUUAAAAAGAUUUGAGAUUUUCUAAUUAGAGUUCCAGAAUUUUAUAAUAACCAAUUUAUAUUUUUUAGGAGGAUUCAGAUGAGAAAGCAAGCAUUAUAAAAACUGAAACAUCUCCGAAAGCUUAAAAUUAACAUCAUUUAAUAUAAGAUCAUAAUGAAAAUUUGAGUGGAUUGACUAGUUCUAUAAAUUAAAUGUAAGAAUAGGUUAGAUAAUUAAGUUAAAAUGAUAGUGAAUUAGAUUUUUAUUCUUAAUAAAAAAAAGAAAAGUAAUUUGAAAUAGAUUAAUUAAAACAAUAAAUAAAUUAAUAGGAUGAAACGAUAUAAGAAUUGAAAUUAGAAUAUUUUGAUAAAUAGUAAUAAAUUGAGUAACUUAGGAAAGAAAAUUCUAAUUUAGAUGAAGGAGUGGAAGAAUUAUAAGAAAAUUAAAAGCAAAUGAUUUUAUAGGAAAUUUAGAAGUAGGAAUAUGAUUAACCAUAAGAGAUGGAAGCUUCUGAAUAAAGUGAAAUUACUAAAUUAGAGAAUUUAGAAUUGAGUAAAAAAAAAGUUCAUGAUUUAAAAUUACAUCACAAAUAAUUAAAGAAUUAAAUUGCUACUUAUGAUUCUUUAAUUGUUGAUCUUGAAACUGUAGUAAAUCAUAAAAAAAAUGAAAUUUAAAGAUUGAAUAAAGAGAAUUAAUAAUUUUAAUAAUAAAAUAGAAAGGAAAAGGGAAAAAGAGAUAAAUUGCAUAAAGAAUAAAAUAAUUUAUAAUAUUAAUUGAAACUUUUAGAACCUUAAUUAUAAGAACUCUAAUAAACUGAAAAAUAAAUUCAACAAUAAGUUACUUAACUUGAGUAGAAUUUGGUAGAUUUGAAUGAGAAAUAGAAAUAAUUAGAAGAAUAAAUAAUAUAAAAAUAGUAAAUAAAUUCUGCUUUGGAUUUGUAAUUAUCAACUUUAAAUUAAGAAAUAAAAGAAUAAUAAGAUAAAAAAAAUUAAUUAGAAUAAGAUUUAAAUUAAUUAAGAGAUGAGAAUUAAGGAGUUGAAUAAGAAGUUAAAAUAUAUAGAAAUUUAAAUUUGGAAGAUAUAACAUUGAGUGAAUAAAUAGAUGCUAUUACAAAAUAAAUAAAUGAUGAUAAAUAAAUUUAUGAAACUUUAUAGGAUGAACAAAAAGCUACUUAAGAAUAAAUUAAUUUAUUAUUACCUUAAAAUAAAGAGAUUGAUUAAUUAAAAGAAACAGCAAAACUGUAAUAUGCAUAAAAUGUAGAAGCUUUAAAUAAUUUAUAACAAGAAUUGUAAUAGAAGAUUGAAUAGAAAAAUAAUAUAUAUCAAGAGGUUUCAGAAACUGAAAAAUAUAUAGAAGAUAAUAAUUAAGCAUUGUAAGGUUUGCAUGAGAAAAAAAUAAAUCUUGAAGAUGAAAUUAAAAAAGAAGAAGUUUUAUUAAAUGCAGUUGUUGCUAAAUCUAGACGUUUGGCAGAAAAUUUAGAAGUGGAAAAAUAAAAUUAUAAUGUUCUCAAUGCUGAAUUAGAAGAUCUUUAAAAGAAGAAAUAAUUAUAAGAAUAAGAAUUAUAAAAUAUUUAAAAUGAAGUGAAAAAAAUGUAAGGAGAAUAAGAAUAUUUAACAUAAUUAUAAUAAAAAUAUUAAAAUUUAAAAUAAUAAAUAGAUUAAUACGAAAAGGAUAUAGAAAUAAAUUUGAAAAUAAUUCCUGAAAGGGAAUAAUAGAUAUAACAAUUAAAAUCAAUGAUUGAUAAGAAAAAUCACGUUUUGAAUUCUUCACAAGAAGAAGUUGAUAUAGUUUCAAAAAGACUUGAUGAUUUAUAGAAAGAAAAAGAGUAAAAAGAAAAAGAACUUGAGAAUUAAAGUAAUACUAUUAAGAAUAUUGAAGAAUAAAUAAUAGAAAAAUAUUAAAGAGAGAAAGAUUUGAAGGAUUAAUUAGAUUCAAUACAACUAAGAGAUCUUGAAGCUGAAUUAAAUGAAAAGAUGGAAUAAUCAAUUGCAUAAUAAGAAAUGUUAGACUCGAUUGAAUAAUUGAAGAUAUAAGUUUAAAAAUUAAGAGAUGAAGAAGAAUAACUUAGAUAACAACUUUAAUAAUAAGAAAAUUCAAAUAAUGACUAGAAAUAGGAUUUAGAAUUUAAAAUAUUGGAAAAGAAUGAUUUAGAGUAAGAUCUUCAUUCAACUUCAGCUUAAUUAGAUGAAAUGAAAUUUUAAUUAUAAGAGAAGAAUGAUGAAUUAGAAAAAUUAAAUGAUUAAUUUAAGAAAGUAGAUGAGGAUUCAAAGAUUAUGGAAGCUGUAUUAUAAUUGAAAGAGAAGGAAUUAAAGUAAUUAUAAAAAAAGAAAGAAAAUUUGAUUGAAGAAUUAGAGAAAACAAAUAAUGAUGUUUUUGAAACAUAGAGGUAAUUAACAACUAAAAGAAAAUAAUAAAGAUCUUUAGGUGCAGAACCAUAAUAAUAAGAAGAAGAUAUGGAAGAAGAUAUAUAAGGUAAGAUUACAUCAUUAAAUUCACGUAAUAAUAAUUUGAAAGAUGAUUUAUAAAAAUUAGUAGAAUAGAGUCCAGAUACUACAGAUAAAUAGGCUUUAAUGAAAUAAUUUGAAUUAGAUAAAAUUUAGUAAUAAUUACAAGAAAAAGAUAGAAAAAUAGAAAAUUUAUAAGGGGAAAUUUAAACAUUAUUAUAAUAAUAACAUGAAAGAAAUAGUAUAAUUCCAUCAAUGUUUUAAUCUAAGUUGUCAGUUCAACCAAGUUUCUUUAUAGAUGAUGAUCCUUUGCUAUUAGAUUUAUAAGAGAAAUUUACUAAAGAAAGUGAAUUAUUGAAAGAUUUAUAAAAUAAAAUCAAAAUGACUGCUGAAAAUCAUUAUGCCUUAUCAUUAUAAUUAAAGGAUUGGGCUGAAAAAGAAAAUAGAUUAGCUAAAGAAUUAGAUUUUAGAAGAUAAAAUGUAGAAUAAAUUGAGUCUGAACUAGAAGGAAUUUUUUAGAAAUAAUCAGACUUAGAAGCUGCGAAAAGUAAUAAUUUAUUAAUAGUAUAUUAAUUAAAUAAUGAUUUAUAAGAUGCUAAUGAUUAAGAAAAUAAUGUUAAAAAUAGAUUAAAAGAAAAGAAAGAUUAUUUAUAAAUUCUUUAUAAAAACUUAAUAGAUAGUGAUCAAAAAUUAUUACAAUUAAGAAAUAGAAUGGCACUCUAUUCUUAAGAAGGAAGAUAAUUAGCUGAAUAAGUAGAAAGUUUAGAAAAUGAUAAAGAAAAUAAAUUAUAAUAUUUAUAAGAUUUAUAAGCUGAUUUAGAACAAGCAGAAAUGGAAAAACAAGAAAAGUAAGCUUUAGUACAAUCUAUAGCUAAAGAAAUUAGUGAAACUCAAUAAGAAAAAGAUAAAUUAGAAAUAUAGUUUGCUACUAUUCAUAGCAAAAAUUAAUAAUUAAAAAGUUAAAUUGGUAUUGAAGAAACUCUUUAUUAAAAAUUACUUUAAGAAUUAGAAAUUGCUAAAAAAAGAGAUCAAACUAAAUUCUAAAACUUAUUUUCAGAUGGAUCUACUUAAACAGAAUAUGAUUUAGAAUAAUUUGAAAGUCUAACUAAUAAUACUUAGAUGUUUAAACUUACAAAAGAAGAUAUAUUCUAAUUAAAGGAAAAUUGUAAAUAAAGAUUAAUCUAAAUUUAUAUUAAUGAAAAAGCAAACAUUGAAUAAACAAUAAGUUAAAAUAAGAAUUUGAAAAAGAUGAUUCAUUUAUAAUAAAUGCUAAUCUAAAUCUAAGAAAAUGAAAAUUUAAAUUUAAUUGAAUAUUCAUCCAGAAGAUCUUCAAAAUUAGGAUUUAAAGUAUUAGAUGAAUCUAUUUAUAAUAUGGUAUUAGAAUUAGAAUAAGUAUAAUAAAUUAUUAUAUUUUAGAUUGAUUUUAUGAUGAAUAAAACUAAAUUAGUUGAAGUUUAAGUAAGUGAUCAUUAGAUUGUAGUGGGAGAUAUUAAAAUUGCAAGAUAAUGGAUUAUAGAAAGAUAGUUUGAUAAUUAUAAUGAACUUUAUCCUAUGGGUGUUUUGAAUAUCAUUUAUAAAGUAGAAUAUUUAAUUUAUUUAGGUAUCCCUUUAUUAAGUAAUUAAUAUUUCAUUAACUGGAACAAAAGUAUUAAAUUUAUAUCAAUCUAUAUUGUGAGA